GGAAUGAGCGAGCAAUUUUAGAACAACAAAUUUUGGUGCUUUUUUGUUUGUGGGUAUUUAUGAAUCCUCUCGUCUCUGUAAAAAGGUAGAAGGAGGCCCAUGAAAAACCCUCCCUGUCGCUCUGCAAUUGAGCUUCAACCAUACCAAAAAGCAUUGAUUACUUUAAUAAAUUCCUGCACCAGCAUCUUCAUCUUAGUCAACAAACUGUUCUUCCCAAAAGCAAGCCACAGAAAAAGGAAAAGAUAAUGAAGAACAAGAAAAAGAAAAAGAGAAAUAUUGAAGAUUACCCAUUUAGAUUAUCCUCUCUUCUUCCUACUUCUUCCCACUUCUUCUGCUCUGCUUUCUUUUCCCAUUUCCCAUUUCUUUCUUCCUUCAAACACCCUUUUCCAUUGCAAGAAUUCUUGGAGUUAAGUGCACAAUUUUAUGUUCUGCUUAUUUGUUUCCAUCAUUUUUUUGAGGGCUGUUCAAUUGGAGUGCGAUUUUCAGGUAAUAUUGUGUUUUUUGCUUCGAUAUUCAUGCUAAACACCUUUUUGGGUUGUCUACGCCCACCAAGUGUUUGAUGAAAUGCCGCAAUCACCAAUUGGUGGCUUCCGGGUAACCGUGUGAUCUAAUUAGCUAGAAAUCACCCAUUUCUUUGGAAUUCUCUCCUGUUGCAUUGGAGGGAUUUGAAAAAACUGAUAUCUGGGCCUCUUAGAAUAUUGAUGGGGUCUUAUGGCAGCCCUAAGACUUGGAUACCUUAUAUGAGCAACAAAGAUUGCUCUCAAGGUUUUUGUAGUGUAUAUUGUCCUCAAUGGUGCUACAUCAUGUUGUCACCUCCACCACCCUUGGAGUUUCCUGAUGAUGAUUCAUCCCCAAAUUUUUCACCUCUUGUUAUAGCAAUUAUUGGAAUUCUAGCAAGUGCUUUCCUUCUUUUAAGCUAUUACACCAUCAUUUCAAAGUAUUGUGGCAACACAAAUCGCUUGUUUGGAACUGGAAAUCAUGACCCAAAUGAGGAAUUUGAAGAUAAUCAUAACCCAACACUUCAUGAACCAUGGCAUGUUGCCACAAAUGGCUUGGAUGAGGCAAUGGUUAAGUCGAUUACGAUUUGCAAGUACAAGAGAGGAGAUGGGUUGGUUGAAGGCUCUGAUUGCUCUGUUUGUCUUAGUGAGUUUCAAGAAGAUGAUAGCCUUAGGUUGUUGCCUAAAUGCAGCCAUGCUUUUCAUCUUCAAUGUAUUGAUACUUGGCUCAAAUCACACUCCAAUUGCCCGUUAUGUCGUGCUAAUAUCGUCUCUGUCGAUGCUUCUCCUCCCGUUCACCUUCCUGCAAGCAAUGCAUAUCCCAUAACUAAUGAGACCAUGCCAGAGACUUCUCAGACACAUGACCCUGAGGCUGUUUCACAAGAUUCAGAACGAAGUUUCAGAAGUAAUUGUGGGAAGAACUCAGUUCGUGCCUUCAGUGACCUCGGAGUACUGGAGAAAAGAGACACUGUCAUUGAGCUUAGAGACGGCGAAUUGCAGCAAAUUAGAAGGUCCAUUUCAAUGGAUCAUUGCAGCCAAAAUCAUAUCAUUAUUGCGGAUGUUCUACGUCUAAACGACGACGAGUAUGAAGCAGGAAGUUCAGGUGAUGUUGGAUCAUCCAAAUGUUCAGUGGGAGAAGACAGCAAGUCCAGCCACAGAAAAACAAUCCUGCAUUGUGUUAUGAGUCCUGUUUCGAUUAAGAGAUCGUUUUCAAGUGGAAGAUUUUCUCUCAUUAGGCAUGGAAAAGAACACAGGGAAAUCGCCCGUGUCUGAAACUUACAACACAGAAUCAGGAGGAACCACAACAGAGAUUUUAUGGAAUGAACAUUAUACCAUGUUCUUGGUUUAGCUGCUUUAUGGUUGGUUAUGGGUUUUAGUGAAGAUCAUCCAUGGCUUUUGUUGCAUCAUUAAACUGUCACAAAUAUGUCUGAUGCACCAGUACUUUUCUUCUUCCAUCAAUUAUUUGACUGCCUUUGCAUUGCUUCUAUGAAGAUUAUAAGACAUCUCUCUCUA